UUUACAUCAUUUUAGAACAAAUAAAAGAUUAUUUGGCUUCUAGAUUUGCAUGCGUCUGUUGUCUAGCAACCACCUUGAUCUACUUUAUUUUUGUCCCCCUGCUAGUGGAGCGGAGGCGGACCACGGGUUUUGAAACGAAACGCGAAACAGACAUCCUACCCUGUCUGAAGUGUUUUUAGAAAGUUGUGAAACUACAUUAAGGCCCUUCGCUUACACUGCAAUCCUUUUCCGGGUCGCAAUUUGAGAAUAAUCUGGAGUAGCGAAAUGGCCACUUCCGAGGAGGCGAGAACGAUCUGGGAAAACCGGCAGUCGGACUGUCGGGCCCUUCUGGAGUCCGUCUUGAAGGGCACCAGGAAGGUGCUCCGCGGCACGAUACUGGCCCACUGGAAGGAGCAAGACUUGCUCCACUCCUUUGAGAACGUGCACAAUUACUUGGAGGGGAACAGCCAGGCGAUGGAAGACUUUUUGGCGCAGAACAAAAACGCAAAGCGGAUCUACACGAGGUUGGCCCCGCUUGUGAAGGAAGAGGUGGAAAAGGAAAAAGGUAAUAAACAAGCUGGGAGUGCUGCGGGUGGUUCGUCCUCUUCCUCGUCCUCUUGUGCGAAUAACAGUAAGAAUGCGCCGCCUGCCGCAGCCGCCUCUUCGGCCGCCGGGGGGCAGACGCAGAAACAAAAAGAGAAGGAUAAACAAGACAAAGAACUUCCGGCAGCGAACAAAGGGGCUAAAUCUUCGAGGAAUCAGAAAAAGAAGCUUCUCGCGGUGGAUGAGGCCUCGUCAAGUGAGGAUGCGAUGCCCCACCACUCAGGAGUGGAAGACUCCGACGAAUACAGCGAACAAUAUGGAAGUGUCAGAAUCGAAAUUGACAAAAUCGAAAAAUUUGUGACGCAUAAAAUCGAUGUCAGUUGGAGCCUCAGUUUCUACGUGGCGCAUGACAAAUUUCGGGAGAACCCAAAUCCAAUCCGUCAUACUGUUUGGGCAAAGAAGACUGCUCUUGUUAUGCUACCCUGGCAGCACAUUGUAUACCCCGAAGCAGGCUCACAAUCGGUCUCAUUUACCUGGUCCCCAAGGCAGGCCUUCAGUGCCCUACAUGUUUUGCAUCACAAACCUUUCGACUUCGUCGAUUUCGAUCCUGACACACUCAGAAACAAAGUCCACACCAUGUGAGUGUGAGUCUGGAAGCUCAGGGUCGAACAGCAGUCUCCUAUUUUUCCGAUUUUGGGGUGGAUGAAGAAGGUCGUGCGGAUAUCCAAGUGAAAGAUCCCUCCUCCCCAUAUUGAAACGGAAACUUCUGUUGCUGGAUUUGUGUACACAAAGACAAAUCAGCUUUGCAGUGAGGCACUACAGGCAAAGCCUCAGCCUGCGUAGGGGUGUUUUGUUGUAGGCGCUUAGCAUAGAAGAGAUCUGCCAUGUUGGUGAAACAGCAUUACAAACCGCCCUCACAAGGCGGCGGAUUCUUUCCAUUUGCCGUCUUGCAAGACAGGCGUGAUUUGUGGUCACAAAUCAGCAUGAGAAAUUAUCGGAGACAUACCUUUGCAAUAUGGGGAGGGGAGAUUUUUCCUCUCAAUAGCGGAAGCAGGGAGAACCCCGGCCAUCGGCGGGCAGGAGGAGGAGCCUAGUUCCGACCACCCGAUGGAGGUGGAUGCGGAGGGAGGUUCUGUGUCCCAGGAACACGACCUCCAGGGAGCCGAUCAUGGUACUUGCUUACUACUUUUGAUGGUCCCUGAUGUCCUCGACCAACGUUUGUCGUCUGAUGUUGUGUCCUGCCAUUUUCAUCAUCUUUUCUUCGGCGCUUGAUGUUCCGACCACUUGCAGUUAAGGGUGAAAUGAGAAAAAACUAGAGUGACAUUUUGUAGAAGCACUUGUAGCCUACAUCAUGAUUUAUUGGAAGUUGCCCUUCAAUGUAUUCAGAUGCAGCUGUUGCGGUGAAUGAAAGCGACAACGAGGAUGAUGUUUCACAGGAGGAAAACGAUAGCGAUAUCGAUAAGGAACCCAGCGCCGACCACGUUGAGGAGGAACAGUCAGAAGAAAAAUCACGAGAGGACCACAACGAGGAUCAUUUUGAUGAACCGUCCAAGGAAGCACGGAAUCGUGACGCUGCGGCACAACUCGAAGCUGGAAAUUUUUCCGAAGAUCAUGCGAUGUCGGAAGGUUCGGAAGUAGAACACGACGAUGUUGUCAGCGAAAACGACGAUGGAGGUCGAGGUGAAGGGAAAGCAAAGAAUGCUCCUGACAAGAGUGAACUACAAGGAGACGACGACGACUACGAAAUAAUGAAAUUCUAUGAAGAGAAUGCGGAAAUUAUUGCAGAAUGGGGUAGCAGCGAGAGGAUGCAGAGCCUUGUGUUUGACAGCGAGAGGAUGCGAGAGCCGUUCUUGCCGGGGCUUUUCGAAAACGACGAAGAAGCUCUCUCUGAAGAAGAUGAUAUCGUUAUUGAGGGCGAGAAAACGAAAAGCGAAGGGCAAAAUAACAGCAACGAGGAAAUUUCCGAUCAGGACCUCGACGAAAAGAGUCAGAACGAAGAAGAGGCGCUGGCGGGGGAAGACCGUCAUCUUGAGAAAGGAAAAGUGGAACAGGAACAAAAGCUCCCCAUUGCCGGGAAAGAGGACUGCGACAUGAAGUGGGCUAUUUUGGAGCAGGAGAAAUACGAUGACGAGGUACUUGCCGCAAAAAUCCAGGACGACAGCGACAUUGAAGUAGAAGGGGAGGACGGACAGGAACAUGAUGAAAGCGCUCGUGCGCAGGAGAAUGAAGAUUCGGACAACGAUGAUGUUGUUGAUGGUUCGUCUGAAGAAGGUGAAGAGGGGGCAGAGCAAAUUCCCGCUCUCAAUGUAGUUGGCGGUGCCCUGGACCAAAAAAUCGAGUAUGACGAGGAAUUAAACAUGCACAUGCAGCUCGCUAUCGAGAGAGAUCUGAAGUGCACGCAGGGAAUGUACUACUCCGGCGAUCCCGAGGUAUCCCGGGGAAAGAACAAACUGCUACUUAUCUUGGUCUCAUUUAUUGCCGAGCCAGACGGAACAGCGUCAUGUUUUGUUGGCAUGUUGCAGAAGGACUAUUUGUGUACAGAAUCAUGAUAAUUUCCGCAGUUAUUGUAUGCAAGACGUGCAGGAGCAUAUGAAAGUCUGAUUCGUCAACAUGGUAAUUAGAUGUGCAGCAAGACGUAGCAGAAGCCGCAAAUCGCAGCUCCUGUCUGUCUGUGCGUCGGCAAUAGGUCGAGAUGACAUUCGAGUUUUUUCCACUCCAUAACUCGACCCACUCGGGUUCUUUGCAGGACUUAAGGGGCUCACCAUUGGGGAUGAUGAGGUGCCGCCUGAGUUGUUAGAGCAGGACGACAGCGAGGACGUGAAUCCUGGGGACCGCGACCGCCUUCUGCCCCCGCAAUCGCCGGUCGACCCGGAUGUGGGCCGGCGCCUGCUGGCGGUGGCGAGGAGCGACCGGGUUCGGGGGAAGCACGGCACAACCUUUGGAGGAAAGGUGAAGUCCCCGAUCCCGAAAAAGCCAUCGAAACCUCCGAAAAAGGAAACGCUGUUGCCACCAGAAGAUGACUCUUCAGAGGACGAGAUCGAAAAGUCAGACGCAGAAGAAGAAGGGGCUGCGUCCGAGGAAGUCAAGGCAUUAGUCGGAGAAGUAGAUCAUGGAGGUCAAGAGGAAAUAAAAGAGUCGGACAAGACAAAUAAGACUGCGCUGCAGGUGGGAGGGUCGGAAGAACCAAACGGUGCGACGAGGCAAGAGGAGCAGGAGGAAGUACAAGAGCCAUCAGACGACCUCCUACAAGAGGAAAAGUCAACAUCCGUUUUUGAUACUCUGGGCCUGCGCAAGAACCGUGAGAACUUGGACGGUUUGAAGCGUCGGCGUGAAGUAGAGCAGAGUCCGGAGGCCGGGAACGAACAAGCUCAGAGAGUGGAAAAGCAGCUUGGCAGUGAUGUAGAAGGGAAUGACGAGGAAGAGGAGGCUAAAAAUGUGCUGGGACAAGAUGAAAACAACAAUGAAUUAAAAAGAGUCAAAAUCGAUGCUAGUGAAGCGAACAACAAGUCAGACGGCGAUGUAAGCGGUGGCGAAAAUAAUUCAGAUGUUGUUGAGGAGAGCCUUGUGCGGCCAGUCCAAGAAGUUCUGGGGGACGAGUGUGAAGAAGAAGAUGACGGCGGCGCUGCGCCAAAGGCGAAAGCCAAGGCAAAAGCAAAAGCGAGUGCGAAGGCUAAGGCAAAGCCGAAAGGAAAGGGCAAGGGUGAAAUAACUUCUAUGCCGAGCAUGAAGGAGAAGCCGAAAGCUCGUCCGCUGCCCUUUCAGUUCGGCAAAAUGGAAGAUAAACUCGCGACCCAUGUGAAUGCAAAGCUAGCCAAAAUCGAGGCAGAAAAGCGGGAAGAAAAUCCGCUAGCCAUUGACGCAACGCUUCUCGACAAGAGUGCGAAAGUAGAGGAAGGUGUGAAGCGUGUCACGCAGAAACGUCGCGGGCUGCAGUCAGACGAAGCUGGUGUUCAUCCGCACCAGAAGAGGCCGAAGAAGCGCCUCAAGAUGAAAUCCGCCGCAGAUGGUGCAGCUGUGGGCAAGAAACUCGGCCCCCGCACUCAGAAAGCAACAAAAACCAACGCUGCGAACAUCGCAAGUGUUCCUCGCAUUCUGAACCCCUUCAGCAAUCCGAAGGCAACGCCGGAGUAUUUGCGCGAAAAGCGGUGGCGGCCGGACGACUCGUGGAAGUUUUUCCAGAAGCCGCUGAGAAACUGUCUCUGGCAGUCCCUGUUCGAGGCCCAUGAGGUGCACCCCGACUGCAUCACCCAGUCGCAGCUGCGCUGCAUGGGGCACAUCGAAAGCCGCGUUUACGCCGACUACAUUCUCUUCCUGCGCGACUUCGAGCGGUUCGUGUUUCGGAUGCGGGAGAACGAAAAGGCGUGGAAGUGGUUUAAGUUUCUGCAGGAGGACCCGAAAUACCGGCUGAAGGAGUGGCCGUCGAUAUUUAUCAUGAAGCAGCUCUACUGCCGGAACCCGGACCUCUGCGGCGAUUUUCACUACGAAGACCAGAAAAUGGUGGACUACUUGGAAUGGGUAGAGAACUUCUUCGAAAAGGAGGAGAAAAAAGCGAGAGCGAAAAUCUCGAACGCAGCCGAGUUAGCCGAGAAGCUGAAGGCCAACGAGUUGCAGCGAGACAAACUCUUCGCAAUGCUGCGCACCUGCUGGAUGUUCAUGACGCAGCCGUCCUUCAUCACCAACAUCAAACCACCCGGGACCUACUUCAACGACUACGGGUGCCCCUAUUGCCAGGAAAACAAGCAAUACUGCUGCAAGUGGCCGACUUGGUGGGAGUUUUGCCAGUAUUGGGUGGAAGGGGAAGAUGAAUCCAAGGUACUACUUAUGUAUGAAGAACACGUCGAUCUUCAUUCUUUUGUCAAGGUGGAUGUCAUAACAAGCGUAGUAGCAUGAAUCGUUGGAAACGGAAAGAUACCUACAUUUGUGGACAAGCAUUAGACUGCGUCAGGAUUUUUCUGCUUAGUGAUGCAGCAGCCCAAUUCCGAAUGAAGAUGACUUCGAUGACUGAAAAACUCCGUUUUUCUAUACAGGUGAAACGGAUUUGCACUACCUGUGCGGAGCUGACACAGCCGACGAUGCCGGUGAUCACUCUGGACGAAAUCCCGCUCGGCCUGCGGGAGUUUGUAAAGGCCGACACGGGGCCGUAUUUCGAAAUCGAGGCCGCGGCCACGAUUCGAAGGGAGAAGGAGGAGCAAGAACGCAAGUUGAAAGAGGAGCUGGAGCUGCAGAAACAAAAGGAAGAGCAGAAACGGUUGGAGGAGGAGGAGAACCUCCGCAAGCAAAAUGAAGCCAACAAGGCCUUGCACCAGAUUGGGGGAACUACCGACACGACCAAGCGGAAGGCGGCGACCGUGAAGCCGUUGGUCAGCACAACAGCCGAUGAUAGUACUUCUAAGGAAAAUAUUAACCUGAACGAUUUCACCACUGGCACCCAGCACACGAUUGACUUCGGUGCCUAUUGGGAGACGCACUACGCAACAUUGGACACCCUGGAGCAGUUGCGACCCGUGGCGGAAAAAUUGCAGAAGUGCCGCCAGUUGCUGGCGACAGACAUGGAAAGACUGGAAUUGACGAAUUACAAACAGACCGUGGAAGCGCGGAUCAAAAACUGGGUGUACAACCAGAAAAAACCGACGACCUGGGUCGCCGAACCGGAGCAAGUAAGGCUCGCCUCGAGCUUGGCCGCGCAUGCGUGUUUCCCGAACUUGAUAUCGCCGGGGCAAAUAGGAGGUACUGGUGUUCUUGCGCAGCAGCACGUUCCCGUGAUGAUGUUGCAGCACCACCCACUCGAGGUCGCAGACCCGAACAAGCACAUCCAGGCACAGGAGCUGCUGACGAAGUGGCGCGAUGAGUCCAAGCUGACGGAGCAGGAGGUGCUGCCGAUUCGCGGGCAGACACCUGAAAUCAUCGAAGAUAUGGUGUGGCGCGAGUACCGCUUUAUAAAUGGGGAGAAGGUAAUAUUAACGUUUGGAUAGUUUCAGCCUAGAAGACGAGUAAGUAGAAGUUUAGCGUCUCCUUCUUUUUUGAGUUGGGUUUGGACGGAACCAUGUGCGGCGAAAAAGCAGAAAAGGUGUCGCAAAGUCUCCUGUUCUGCGAGUGCCUUUAGCUGCUAGCUUUCGCAUCCUUUUUGAGUUGGGUUUGGACGGAACCAUGGGCGGCGAAAAAGCAGAAAGGGCGUCGCAAAGUCUUCUGCUCUGCGAGUGCCUUUAGCUGCUAGCUUUCGCAUCCUUUUUGAGUUGGGUUUGGACGGAACCAUGGGCGGCGAAAAAGCAGAAAGGGCGUCGCAAAGUCUUCUGUUCUGCGAGUGCCUUUAGCUGCUAGCUUUCGCAUCCUUUUUGAGUUGGGUUUGGACGGAACCAUGGGCGGCGAAAAAGCAGAAAGGGCGUCGCAAAGUCUUCUGCUCUGCGAGUGCCUUUAGCUGCUAGCUUUCGCAUCCUUUUUGAGUUGGGUUUGGACGGAACCAUGGGCGGCGAAAAAGCAGAAAGGGCGUCGCAAAGUCUUCUGCUCUGCGAGUGCCUUUAGCUGCUAGCUUUCGCAUCCUUUUUGAGUUGGGUUUGGACGGAACCAUGGGCGGCGAAAAAGCAGAAAGGGCGUCGCAAAGUCUUCUGUUCUGCGAGUGCCUUUAGCUGCUAGCUUUCGCAUCCUUUUUGAGUUGGGUUUGGACGGAACCAUGGGCGGCGAAAAAGCAGAAAGGGCGUCGCAAAGUCUUCUGCUCUGCGAGUGCCUUUAGCUGCUAGCUUUCGCAUCCUUUUUGAGUUGGGUUUGGACGGAACCAUGGGCGGCGAAAAAGCAGAAAGGGCGUCGCAAAGUCUUCUGCUCUGCGAGUGCCUUUAGCUGCUAGCUUUCGCAUCCUUUUUGAGUUGGGUUUGGACGGAACCAUGGGCGGCGAAAAAGCAGAAAGGGCGUCGCAAAGUCUUCUGUUCUGCGAGUGCCUUUAGCUGCUAGCUUUCGCAUCCUUUUUGAGUUGGGUUUGGACGGAACCAUGGGCGGCGAAAAAGCAGAAAGGGCGUCGCAAAGUCUUCUGCUCUGCGAGUGCCUUUAGCUGCUAGCUUUCGCAUCCUUUUUGAGUUGGGUUUGGACGGAACCAUGGGCGGCGAAAAAGCAGAAAGGGCGUCGCAAAGUCUUCUGCUCUGCGAGUGCCUUUAGCUGCUAGCUUUCGCAUCCUUUUUGAGUUGGGUUUGAACGGAACCAUGGGCGGCGAAAAAGCAGAAAGGGCGUCGCAAAGUCUUCUGCUCCGCGAGUGCCUUUAGCUGCUAGCCUUCGCAUCCUUUUUGAAUUGGGUUUGGACGGAACCAUGUGCGGCGAAAAAGCAGAAAAGGCGUCGCAAAGUCCCCUGUUGUGCGACUGCCCUUAGCUGCUGGCUUUCGCAUCUUUUUUGAGUUGGGUUUGGACGGAAGCAUGUGCGGCGAAAAAGCAGGCGUCGCAAUAAAGUCUCCUGCUCUGCGACUGCUUUUGUGUUGUGGCUUUGAGAUGACUAGCUAAGAAAAAUCCCGUCAAACUACACAGCGCUGGGUACCGCUCGGCACGGACCGGAAUGGCAAGGGAAGGAUCCAGAAUCCCCUGGGCUGGAUCAAAACUACGCUCCGCGACGUUUGUCAGCGUCGGUACGGCAUGGAUUACGUGGUAAAGUUUGAGCCUCCGCCGGGAUAUCAUAGCAAAGCAUCCGCCCCCGUCGCGGCACCCGGAGCUACGGCGAUACCGCAACAGCAAUUUUUCUACGCCGCUCCUCCAAAUCCACCUGGGCUUACGAAUGAAAGCAUCUUUGGAGGAGCUUCAACUGCAAAUCUGCUCAAUCCGACCGUCGCGAAUAACCUUUCCUCUGGGCCGGGAACGGGUAACAGCUUCUACGCGCAGGCCGAAAUCGAGAAGAUGACUCAAACCGGAAGCGCGCAACAGCCCGGGGCGGGGAGCAGUAGCAGCAGUAGCUCUGUGCUGUCUGGUGCAACCUCGUUCGUACAAAGACCGCUGAAUCCACCAACCUCUUCUCUUUUGGGAGGUUCGUUAAAUCCGAAUGUGAACAAUCUAAUGGGUGCGCAGGCUGGCUCGACAGGUAAUAUGCUCAACACGACCACCGGAGGCGGGACUGCGGUGUCGAGUUCUACUUUUGCGAGCAAUCUGACUUCACAACCGCUGCAAUUCGUUCAGCACCGUCGACAGGAAAGUCAAGCGCGGGGAGGUGCAGCAGGGCCGAAGAAAAGUUCGUUCGACCAGGAGACGAAUCGAACGGCUCGUAUGAACAAAGGAGGCAUUUUGAACCCACAACUCCCGGGGGUCGCUCCACUCGGUGGAACUGUGCAGGGCUUGGGGAUGGGGAUGAGUGCGGGUAAAGGUCUUUGGCACAGGCUAGUAUGCUGUAUGUCUGUCUCUGUGCAGCUCGUAUUGCAGCGCCAUCUUUUGAUGUUGUAUGCGUGUGCUGUAAAUUUAAAUCUUUCGCCAGUGCAGCAAAUAAUUCAAGGUCGGAAACAUCACGUGCUAAAAAAUUGAACAAAAACCAGGCUCCUCCAGCAGUAGGCUGGCGGACGGCGCGGACGAGGAAAAAAUCCGUGUGAUCGAAGCGUUCCGGGAGAAGAACAUGCUCGACGAGGACGAGGUGGCACCGCUGUACGAGGUGGACGUGUCUAUAGCUCGUUGGCUGGACAGGGAUCACUAUCCUGUGUAAAAACGUCCGCACCCCAUAGUCAAGACGGGAGAUCUGCUAGACAAAUCCACAAGCUUUGGCUGGUGCGCAUGACAAGUUUGGCAUCGUAGUGCAAUCCUGUUCAGCUAGUUCAGCAGCGUCACAGCUCUACGAUAUCAUGCUGAUUGAGGCAUGACAAAAUCCGAAACACGACUAGAAAAUGCUUCUCAUGGGGUUCCGCAUGAGAAAUAUCUUCAACAUGCAGACUUGCGUUGCAAGUAUGGGGCGGGAACGUUUUUACAGAGGAUAAUCACCGGGGGUACGUGCCGCGGCGGUGCGGGGGCGCGGUGGGCAACCCGGCGCACUUGAUCCGGAGCCACAUCGAAAAGGAGUUACGUCUGCGCGCGGCGAAGGGCUGGAACAGCAAAGAUCAAGACGCGGGAAAGGGGGGAAAGGGGAUCAUCAACAAAGGUGGAUAUAAUAAUCAACAGAGCGGAAAGCCGCCGCCACCGGGCGGUGUCGGCGGUGGCGGGGGAAAGUAUCACAAGGGCGGUGCUGGAAUCAACACGAGGAGAUACUGAUUUUGAUCCGCUCGUCCUGUGAAAAACAUUUUAGGACAGAACCGACCAAUCUCUUGUUUUGCCUACGACAGAUGAAGUCUUGGCUGUCAAGAGCGUGAAAUCUCAACCACUGCUCAACAAGAAAAGCUCAAGCAAGCGAUUUGGCGUUGCAGUGAUAUGUGGUCGACGAGCGCCUGUCUGGUGGUCCAGACAAGGUGAUGCAUUCCAUAGCAGAACAAGGCCAUCCUUGUCGUGAGCUGCUUAAGUACUUUGUUUGGGAGUGGUUACUAGCAAGUAAGUACACGACAACUUACUGAUUUUUUAUCACGAGUUGGUUCGUAUUUUCAGAAACCGCUGUAAAAAAGACUACUCAAAAGUACACAAUUCGCUGAUUUUUUAUCACGAGUUGGUUCGUACUUACAGAAACCGCUUGAAAAGAAACAUUAUUACCUCACUCGUCUUUCCCGAAUAAGUUAGCGGCAGGCGGUUUGCAGACUGCUGCUGUGGUA